GCAGCUGGCGCACCCCCGCCGUUUCCUAGGAGACGAAACACACAGACGCCCCAGCUUCACAAGGGAGCGAACGAGGGUGUUCAUAAGGAUGGAAAUAUUGUUUCCUUGCCAGAUUGCUUAUUGCUGUAUCUUAUGAACCUACAUAGUCUUGGGGAAGAGCCUGUGUUCAAUGAUGAUAAACGUGUCACCAGUGUAGCAACAAUAGUCCAAGGGCAAAACGGAAUACAAAUAAAGACGCCUUUGUAUUUAUAUUCAGCAAAAAAGUCCUUUCAGUCAUCAACUUCUGCUGCGUCAUUUUUCCGAGAUGAACCGGUACACGACCAUGAGGCAGCUGGGGGAUGGCACCUAUGGGAGUGUGCUGAUGGGCAAGAGUAACGAAUCCGGGGAGCUGGUGGCCAUCAAAAGAAUGAAGAGAAAGUUCUAUUCUUGGGAUGAGUGCAUGAACUUGAGAGAAGUUAAGUCUCUGAAGAAGCUUAAUCAUGCCAAUGUGAUUAAACUGAAAGAAGUUAUCAGAGAAAACGACCACCUUUAUUUUAUAUUUGAAUAUAUGAAAGAAAACCUCUAUCAAUUAAUGAAAGACAGAAACAAGUUGUUCCCUGAGUCAGUCAUCAGAAAUAUUAUGUACCAAAUAUUGCAAGGGCUGGCAUUUAUCCAUAAACAUGGUUUUUUUCAUAGGGAUAUGAAACCAGAAAACUUGCUUUGUAUGGGCCCAGAACUCGUGAAAAUUGCAGAUUUUGGACUUGCAAGAGAAUUAAGGUCACAGCCACCGUAUACUGACUAUGUAUCUACCAGAUGGUAUCGUGCUCCUGAAGUUUUACUAAGAUCUUCCGUUUAUAGCUCUCCAAUUGACGUGUGGGCUGUUGGGAGUAUAAUGGCUGAACUAUAUACGUUAAGACCACUUUUCCCAGGGACAAGUGAGGUUGAUGAAAUCUUUAAGAUCUGCCAAGUUUUAGGGACUCCCAAAAAAAGUGACUGGCCAGAAGGGUACCAGCUUGCGUCCUCUAUGAAUUUCCGCUUUCCCCAGUGUGUUCCUAUAAACUUAAAAACUCUUAUUCCCAAUGCCAGUAAUGAAGCUAUUCAGCUUAUGACUGAAAUGUUGAGUUGGGAUCCAAAGAAACGGCCAACAGCAAGCCAGGCACUGAAACACCCAUAUUUUCAAGUUGGUCAAGUAUUAGGCCCUUCCUCCCAUCAUCUGGAAUCGAAACAGUCUUUAAGUAAGCAUGUGCAACCACUAGAAUCAAAACCAUCUGUAGCUGACCUAGAAGCCAAGCCUCUGCCAGACAUAAAUGAUCAGACUGUCGGGCAGCCCCAACCAAAAAACAGCCACCAGCCACUGCAGGCCAUCCAGCCGCCACAGAACACGAGUGUCCAGCAAGCACCGAAGCAGCAGAGUCAACAGAAACAGCCACAAACACUAUUUCCAAGUAUCGUCAAGAACAUGCCAACCAAGCCAAAUGGCAGCCUGGCCCAUAAAAGUGCUAGGCGGCGUUGGGGUCAGACUGUGUUCAAGUCCGGAGACAGCUGGGAAGAGUUUGAGGACUGUGAUUUCGGAGCCUCCCAUUCUAAGAAGCCAAGCAUGGGUAUUGUCAAAGAAAAGAGGAAAAAUUCUCCAUUUCGGCUUCCGGAGUCAGUACCCGCAGGCUCCAACCACUCAACAGGGGAAAACAAGAGCUUUCCUGCUGUUACUUCCCUAAAAUCUGAUUCUGAAUUGUCAACUGCUUCGACAGCUAAACAGUACUAUUUGAAACAAUCCAGGUACCUUCCAGGUAUAAAUCCCAAGAACGUAUCCUUGGUAGCGAGUGGAAACCCAUACACAUGGAAUAACCAGUUAUUUCCUAAGUCACUGGGACCCACUGGGGGAGAACUUGCUUUCAAAAGGACUAACGCAGAGGAAAGCAUAAUUAAGCCAAUUGAAAAACUAUCAUGCAAUGAAACUUUUCCUGAAAACUUAGAGGAUCCACAAGGAAAUCUUGGAAGUUACGCUACUUACAAUCAGUCAGGAUAUAUUCCUUCCUUUCUCAAAAAAGAAGUGGGCUCAGCUGGCCAGAGGAUACACUUAGCACCUCUCGGUGCAACAGCUUCAGAAUAUUCCUGGAACACAAAAACUGGUCGGGGGCAGUUCUCAGGACCCACUUACAACCCUACAGCCAAGACUCUAAAUAUUGUGAACCGCGCCCAGCCAGUCCCCUCUGUGCAUGGGAGGACAGACUGGGUGGCCAAGUACGGAGGCCACCGGUAGGAGUCUGGUGUGAAGGCCCACAACACUGCUCCACGUGGUCUGUGCACGUCCCCUGACCCUGACCCUGACCCUGGGAAAUGACUACAGAUGUCUAUUUCUACUGUGUUCUGGAAGAAAUAUAUGAUAGUGGGUACUCUGAAGAGCAAAAAGCUUCUAUUUUAUUUCUUUCCUAGAAAUGAAAUGCAUUUUCUUAGCCUCAUCACCCACACAGUGCUGAUAUAUGGGUAGGACUUUACAAGUAUUGAAUAAACUAUUUGCCAAAGUAUCAAGUUAUCUGAUCUACAAAUUAGUAGACACUAAGUAUAAGAAACUUAAAAAAAAAAAGCCUCCAGAAAUUUAAGUGUUUGUAGUGUUUCAGUUUUCAUUCGUCAUAUAUUUGCCCAAACUAGUAUUUCAUUGUUUGGCCUCAGAGGUUUGUUUUGUUUUGGUAUUUCAUAGCAAUUAGGUAGACGUCUGUGGACUGUUGGUAAAGGUUCUGAUUUGGCCAAGGCUCUACUCUACCAUGUGGGCAAUGGCAGAAAGAUGGUAAUUUAUCAUUUAUUUUUCUACUAUGAAACUGUGGAAGCAAUGGUAAUUCCAAUCUUGCGCCGGACGUCUUUCUUAGAAAUAACUAUUUCUUUAACAUAAAGAUUUCAAAAUGACGCCACCUAAUUUUGGUGGAGAAAGAGUCUGUUGUUUGACUGUGACCAACAACCGCUUUGAAUUCAUGGUGACUAUCAAACCCAACGGCUUGAUGAUUCCCAGUGAACCAAGUCAAUGUUCUGUCAUCUUCACAUCAAAAAAGUCCUUGGAAGUGAGAAGUGUGUUCAUCAGACUUUCGAAAUGCAUUGUUUCCGUGUUCCUACCAAAGGUGAGAUAUGCCAGCUCGUUCCCCAAAGCAAACUUGCUGCUGCAGGUCACUGACUCGGCUCUGACCUUCACAUCUGCUCUGAAAAGCAAGUGCGUUCAGUUGCGAUAGCAGUGAUUUCUUAGUACGCAUUUUUAGUUUUAUUUCUAAAUUGGAAUUUAAAGUAGACAUUUUGAACUUAGGACUUCUCUACUUAAGCCUGUCACUUUAUGAACUGGACAUUAUUUUUAAAGUAUAAUGUUAUCGACUGCUGAUAUUUUAUGUAUUUUACGACUCUGUAACAAAUGCUAAUGUAAUUGGUAUCACCUUGUGGAUAUACAAAAGCACAUUAUAAAAUAAUAAUAAUAUGGUAUUUUUGUACAGAAGAUUCAGCUCACCUUGCUGAAAAAUGCUAAAAUCUACAAGGAUAAUUUAUGUUAGUGGUAAUGGUUAUAUAUACAUAGAUAUUUGUACAGUUUUAAUUAAUGUCUCAAAGUUAAAACAUUCUUUUGUGUUGUUGGGAAACUUUUAAACUCUGAAUAGAUAUAUAAAAUUAAU